GGGGCGGCGGGAGGAGGAGCAGCAGCAGUAGGCGGAGGUCCUGGGGGCAGUGGGCCGAGGUUGGCAGCGGCUGCUGGCCCCCGCAACUUGGAGUGGUACGCCGCCCUGCCCCAACUGGCCCAAGUGCUCGCAUGCGCCCCGCCGGAGGCCGACUCGGCGGGCGGCCACACGCGCGGGGACUCCAGCCAGCGCCACCACCACCACCGGCAGCAGCAGCAGCGGACCCGCGGCAGUGCAGGCGGGAGGCUUGAUGAUGAGGAUGAGGAUGAUGAUAUUAGCGUGAUCAGCAUGACGGACGAGGAUGAGGAGGAAGGCCCGACCCCGGCUCAGCACCGCGGCAGCGCCGCCGGGACGCGAACAGCGGCUGCAGCGCCGCCCCAGCGGUUCAGCCAGCAGCAGCAGCAGCAGCACCCGCAGCAGCAUUACCCGCAGCAGCAGCAGCCCUAUCAGCAGCAGCACCCGGUGUCACGUAGUGCAGGUGGAGACGAGGCAUCGCUGCGGGCAGACUUGUUUGGCGGUGUGCGGCCCCACGCAUCAGCCGGGGGUGCUGCGGGCCCCGCAGCCGCAGCUCGCUCCGCGGCCGGGCCCGCAGGCUCCGCAGGCAUCUCCCAGCCGCGCACGCGUACGGCGGACGAGAUCAAACGUGCGUACGGCAGGGCGCCGGCAGAGGGCGGCAGGGCGGGGGCGGCCGCAGCCAGGACCAACGACGUGCGCGCCGUCAUGGAGGAGAACCGCGCUCGCCUGGAGGAGCGCGGCGAGCGGUUGCGGCAGCUGAACGACAAGACAGCCGACCUGGAGAACAGCGCGGCGGGCUUUGCGGAGAUGGCACGGCAGCUGGCGGAGAGGGAGCGCAACAAGAAGUGGUGGCAGCUGUGAUGUGGACUGUGGGGAAAAAAGAAAUUCCAAAGUGUGGUAUGAUAAUGAUACAAGUUGCUGACAAUCCCUGGUGGAAUCAACCGUGAGUCGAGCCGAAAUGGUGGUUAAAGCAAUGCGAGCUAAACUUACCGAACUUACCAAUUGGGGGA